AAGAGUCAUUUUCAUUGCGAGUGUCUAGAUAUUGAACAGCCAAGAUGAUUUGGGAUCGAGGUAUAAGGACUCUUGUCUUUUACUGCAUAUUUCUGAUGCCAAGUUUAUGUCGUGGGAUUUUGACGACCACGCCUUCAACACCGACUGUCUCUAGUUUCGAGUGCGGAUUUGAGAUCAGUAUCUCUGACCCAUUGUGCGGCAUAACUCAAGAAACUACCGAUGACUUCGAGUGGAUGAGGAAGACGAGUGAUGAUCCAGACUUCACGGAUCCCGAGCCUUCCGUUGAUCAUACCUCGCAAUUAAUACAUGGACACUACCUCUACGCUGCUGGUACAAGCGGGCAAAUUGGGCAGCUAAACAUGCCCGAUUUCGCUCAGAACUCAGACCCACAAUGCUUGGAGUUUUUCUACCAGAUCGGAGGGGACGACGCUGGACAGCUUAACGUUUACCAGUGGUCGUCGUCAUCGAGUAUGCCGUCAUCCCCUUCCUGGCAGAUGACUGGAAACACUAACGAUGUCUGGAACCGUGGUCUCCUCACCAUCGAUCCGCAAACAGACAUCUACACGCUGGCAUUCGAAAGUGUUGCAGGAUCAAACACGAAGGGCUUUAUGGCCCUGGAUGAUGUCACAGUAAGCGAUGGCCCAUGCCCAUUUGUGAAUUUGACCUGCACAUUUGAGGUAGACAUGUGUUACAUCAUGCAAGACCCAACAGACGAUGAGGACUGGUACAGGGAUCAAGGAGGUACGAGUAGUACCUCUACGGGUCCUUCAGUGGACCAUACACUAGGAACGGAACUAGGAUAUUACAUCUUCGUCGAGGCUUCCUUCAUGUCAAUCGGAGAGAUUACUCGGGUGAUAACACCAACCUUGCAAAGUGUGGCGGAUGGGAGUCCGCAAGCUUGUCUCACGUUCUUCUACCAUAUGUUUGGAACGGGUGUUGGUGAGCUGAAGGUGUAUGUGGUACCUCUCGGUGCUGCAGACAUGGGAGAUCCUUCAUGGGUGCUGUCCGGUAACCGAGGGGAUAAGUGGAGGGGUGCGGAGGUGGACAUCACCAUAGGCGAUGACUUCACGAUCGUUUUUGAAGCUGUGCGAGGCGAAACCUACGAAGGCGAUUUGGCUCUGGACGAUAUUGAUUUCAGGAGGGGAGAUACAUGCCCGGGUCAACACAAGCCCCCAGCAGGCGACCAGCAAGGAACGUGUGAUUUCGAGGAGGUGGAGCUCUGUGAAUAUGAACAGGACAUGACUGAUGAUGCCGACUGGAUCUGGCAAAACAGGGCCAGUCCUUAUUAUACAAAUGCCGGCCCUCUCUACGACCAUACCAGCAAUGAUGAGUUCGGCUUCUAUCUAUUCUUAUAUGGAGAAGUUGGACAUCGCGUGACGGCAAGAAUGAUAUCCCCCUUCGUACCCCUCCAGGCUUCUCAAACCUGCCUCGUGUUCUGGUGGUAUCUCUACGGCAACGACGAUCAGACUCUCAGUGUCUACUGCGUCAAGGACGGUGAUGACAUUCCAGAUACCCCUCUCCUCAGCAUGUCCGGUGACUAUGGUCCUUACUGGAGGAGAAGCCGACAUGAUAUCCAGCCCGAGCUCACCCCAUGCCGCUUAAUCUUUGAAGGGACGACUGGCAUCCACAGUCGGGACGAAAUAGCGAUUGAUGACGUAGACGUCUAUCAAAGCGAACAGUGUCCACAAGAUCCGUAUUUUGUUAGCCCAACAACUACACCGCCUACGACGACCAAUGUCAACUGCGACUUCGAGAGCACGAGUGACGCUAUGUGCGGAUGGACCCAGAGUAUACGAGAUGGAUUUGAUUGGAUACUCUACAGUGGCCCGACCCAGGACUAUAACAGUGGUCCUGACGUCGACCAUACUCUACAAACUGACAAAGGACAUUACAUGUUGGUUGAUACAUACGAAGACCUUCCUAAGAACACCAGGGCAGAUAUGAUCUCACCGCUGAUCGCGCUUUCUUCGAGUUCCCGCUGCUUUAAGUUCUGGUAUUACAUGAACGGCCCCAACACUGAUUUCCUCAACGUCUACCUCGUACCCUACGGCUACACCCUAAACAUUGAUCCCGAUGUAGAGUUCUACGGAAACAGGGGUUCACAAUGGAUGGAGGGCAAACUAUCAGUACCUCCAUCCACGAGAAGUUUCUAUAUCCAGGUCGAAGGAACACUUAGUGAUUCAACGUAUGGAGCUGAUAUAGCGGUGGAUGAUUUCACGCUGACAAAUGGCAUAUGCACAGAAUCUUCACAACCUCAGUAUCCUUUCGUCGCCAACUGUGAUUUCGAAGAUGGCAUGUGCGGUUAUACGCAGCCGGUGGAUGAUUAUGACAAUGCAGAUGAGUUCGACUGGUUCUUGAACACUGGACCGACAGGGACCGAUGGCUCCGGACCUACCGCUGACCAUACUAAAGGAACAGCUGACGGUCAUUACCUGUACAUCGAAGCUUCUCAGCCACGUCGACCAGGUGAUCGAGCUCAAAUUAUCUCCCCUCCCAUCACCCUCUUCAACGACUCAUACUGUCUGGAGUUUUUCGUCCACAUGAGCGGUGACGACACAGCCUCACUGUCGGUAGUGCAUCGUGGUGAUUAUUACCCCGACGAGGAGAUUGCUCGCCUAACUGGUCCGGCUGGGACGGAGUGGAAACCGUACAACGUUGAUGUCGGUAUCAAGUACGGACCCGUCGAAAUUGUUUUUACAGGUACAGUUGGAAACAGCUACCGCGGUGACAUUGCUUUAGACGAUAUAACCUUGACACCUGGGCCAUGUGGAGGCUACCCGGCCGCAGCGAUAUGUAACUUUGAGUACGGAUACGAGUCUUGCGGCUACACACAGAGCAUCGAUGACCAACUGGACUGGAUGUGGAUGGAUGCGUUGACCGGAGAAACCCCUCCCACCGAAUGGCCUGGAUAUGGGUCUUUCAUGUACGUGGAUGGGUUUAAUCGGACAUCGGGCGACACGGCUGUGCUUCAAUCUCAGAUGAUGUCACCAACUAACAACGAUCACUGCUUUACUUUCGUCUAUAAGCUGGAUGAAGGCAUGAGUCUGGACUUUAUAAGCGUGGGACAGCAUGGGUUACAAACAAAACUGAAGUCAUACAGUAACCCAGCUGAGAUGACACUUGUCGAGUAUAACAUACCGGUCGCUGAACACCCCAGUAUAUAUAAGGUUCAUAUGAUAGCUACCGUAGAAGACGGACAGGCUGCAGGCCUUGCUGUCCUUGAUAAUACCUUCUUUGCGUUCGGUCCUUGUAGUGGCCAGCAUGUGAGUGCUUCCUCAACUACAACAGUUGCUAUUGUUCUGGGUAUUCUACUCGGAGUUGCCGCUCUCGUUCUCCUUGCCCUGGGCGUCCUGCAUUACCGCAACAAAUCAGCAAAGUCAGAUAUUCACCCUCAAUCAAUCUCCUACAAGAAUGGCGGCUCCGUUAAUCCACCCGAUUUAUCGACAGACGUCGGUAUCGACAAUCCUUCCUACAAAUCUACGCCAUUUUCGAAUGCGUAGCUCACAAUAAACUCACUGGUCCGAAUUCUACUCAACUUUAAACCCUACUUUGUUUAAAUCGGUCUAAAGUGAAUUAUAACAAAGGAAGCUGAACCGAAAUCUUAGUUUUCUCCCUUUUAUUCAGGGCUCAGUCCUCGCGACGGAUU